UUCCUCCGAUGCCAUGGCAGAUGCAGAAGUAGGAAAUCAAACUUCCAUCGCUGAAUUUAUUCUCCUGGGUUUUGAAAUUCUGCCAGAGUUGCAAAUGCUUCUCUUCCUGCUAUUUUUCAUACUCUACAUUGCAACCAUGGCUGGGAAUGUCCUCAUCAUUGUGCUCAUCAUAGCUGUGCGGCAUCUGCACACCCCCAUGUACUUCUUCCUGGGGAACUUGUCCUGCUUGGAGACCUGCUAUACCUGCACUAUCCUUCCCAGAAUGCUGGCCAGCUUCCUCACUGGGGACAGAACAAUUUCAUUAUCUGGCUGCUUCAUCCAAUUCUUUUUCUUUGGUAUGCUGGCAAGUACAGAGUGUUGUCUCUUAUCUGUGAUGUCUUAUGAUCGGUACUUAGCCAUAUGUAAACCAUUGCAUUAUGCAGCCCUGAUGAGUGACCGAUUGUGUUUCAAACUUGCUGCUGGCUCAUGGAUCAGUGGAUUUACAGCUGUCUCUAUUAUAUCACUCUUAUUCUUACAAUUAACCUUUUGUGGACCCAAUGAAGUUGACCAUUUCUUUUGUGACUAUGUUCCAGUGAUUAAACUCUCCUGCAGUGACACCUAUCAGAUUGAGCUUGCAGCUUACAGUCUUGACUGCAUAGUGCUUCUGCCCCCAUUCCUUUUGACUCUUCUGUCCUAUAUCUGCAUUAUCACCACCAUACUGAGAAUCCCAUCCACUAGCGGGAGACAAAAAGCCUUUUCCACCUGUUCCUCUCAUAUUACUGUUGUGACAAUUUUCUACGGGAUGCUGGUCAUUGUCUAUAUGUUCCCAAGAACCAACAGUCUUAGAGCCCUCUACAAAAUAUUCUCUCUUUUCUACACUGUCCUGACCCCACUGGCCAACCCUCUUAUUUACAGCCUGAGAAACAAAGAUGUCAAGGAGGCUCUAAUGACAGUUUUCUAUAUGUUUAUGAAUUGGAAAAGAAAGCACGCAUCGCCAGAACUCUGUUAGCAACAUCGGUGAUGCAUAGGGAGUGCAUGCGGGUGCACAUGCAUCCCCUGAGAUCGGCCAUGCACCCCCUGGAAGCGCCAGCUGUGAAACCAGGAGUGCCACUGGAAGUGCACUUCUGGCUUCACCACUGGCUCAGCAAUUGGCCACUGGGACACCGCCCUCCCCCUCCCCAUCAGCAAUCUGGUACCCCCCCCAGACACGGGAGGCACCAGUCACCCAUGAUUAGCAAGUUAAAGCAAAACAGAAUUCAGAGCUGUGGAAAAUAAAUGGCUCUUGGCCCAGAUGUUUUGGGGAAAUCCUCACCUUAUUCUAAUGAAAGGAUUGUCUUGACAACAUAUUGUUCAUUUUAAAAUUAUUCCCAAUAAGAAUUGUAAAUGGAUUUACUCAUAUGAACGCUCUGUGGUUUAAGCCAGUAUACAUGCAUUUUCUACAACUGGAGGCUUCCUACACUUAGACUCAGCUAUACAUUUGCUGUUAGGUUGUUCAUAGUGGAUUUAUGCAUGAGCAGUUACUGAGGAAUGGCUAAUGUGGUAAAAACCUAAACGCUUUUACUUAUUGUUCAUACACAUGUAUCCUAACCCUCGCACGGUUUAGUCUGUCCAGAAGAAGGUCCAGAACUGAUUUGAACAGAGUAUACAAGAGCCUGACUCCAUCCCCAUCUCACUGUCAAAUAGUUCGUUUGUAAAUAUUUGUUUCACUUAAUUCAGAAAUGAACUUGUGUCAGUUUAUACUGUGCUUUGGUGAACGAAUGACAGAAUCACCAGACUGGAAGCUUUGUGUAUGAACACUGCCAGCCAGGAAAUUGUGACUGAUGUAGCUGUCAUUCCAUGAAUAAAUACUACAUCUCUCUCUCUCUCUCAAAAUGGAAAUCAUACUG